CCCCGCCAAGCCCCCCGUCGUACCCUGGGGAUCAAUUGCAACGACCCGUGGCCAAAUUCGGCCCUCUCAGAGUGACACCGGCAGGCAGGGGCCCAGGUUGCCCAGGAUCGGCGCGUCUGCUUCGCGGCUUCGCGACCGCCAUGUCGGAGACCGUCACCCUGGCCAACGGGGCCGUCAUGCCGAUGCUGGGCCUGGGGACGUGGCAGGCCACGGACGAGGAGGAGCUGGAGGGGGCCCUGAACGCCGCCCUGGACGCGGGGUACCGCUUCAUCGACACGGCCUACUUGUACGCCAACGAGAAGACGGUCGGCAAGGUCGUCAAGGCCUGGCUGGACGAGGGCAAAGUCACCAGGGAGGAGCUCUUCAUCAGCACCAAGCUGCCGAUGAUGGGCAUGCGCGAGGAGGACGUGUCGCACUUCCUGGGGAUGUCGCUGGAGAACCUGCAGCUGGACUACGUGGACCUGUACCUGGUGCACGUGCCCUUCGGCAUGCUGCGCGAGGCCAUGCAGACCACCGACGACAUCAAGGCGGGCGGGGUGGGCACCAUGGCCCUGGACAUGGAGACGGACCACCUGGCCAUCUGGAAGGCUCUGGAGGCCGAGGUGGAGGCGGGGCGCGCUCGCGCCAUCGGCGUGUCCAACUUCAACGAGAGCCAAGUGCAGAGGAUCCUGGACAACUGCACCAUCCCCCCCGCCAACCACCAGGUCGAGAUGCACCUGUACCUGCAGCAGAAGGACCUGGUGGCGUUCUGCAAGGACAAGGGCAUCACCGUGACGGCCUACUCGCCCUUCGGCAGCCCUGGCUCCAACAAGUGGCUCACCACGUCCAAAGGCGAAGAGCUGCCCGACCUCUUCAGCCUGCCGGAAGUGGUGGAGAUCGCGGACCGCUACGAGAAGACCCCCGCCCAGGUGCUGUUGCGGCACUUCGUGCAGCAAGGCAUCCUCGCGGUGCCCAAGAGCACCAACGCGGCCAGAAUCCAGAAAAACAUCCAAAUAUUUGACUUUGAACUGACGGAAGAGGAAGUGGAGGUGCUGUCGGGAUUGGACCGCGGUGAGGAGGGCCGCAUCUUCACCAUGAAGCUCAUCGGAGGUGUCGAGGACCAUCCGGAAUACCCGUGGAAGACAUGACACGACGUCAUGACCACGAGGGAAGCGGCCGAUUGAAAGCGACUGUCGCUUCGCAAGAAACGAAAUGAAAUGAACUCAAUACUACCUAUAUACUGUAUAUUUAUUUUAAUUUGUUUUAUCACUAUGCAAAGGAACAAAACUUACAACAUUUAAAGCACCAAACGGGCGUUUUCUUUGUGGGCCAUCGUUCCAUCAUUGCAGUUCACAGUCAAACACUCUUUGUACACAAGUAUCACAGCAGGCCUAU